AUGACCAAGGAUACUUUAAGACGGGCGAUAUCCGAUGCAAAGAGGAAGGUUGCUUCUGCAUCCUUAUACAGGUGGUUAUCUCUUAAAAUCAUCAAAUCUGGAGGCCACAAGCUCUCAACGCUUGAUAUCAAACACGAGCUCCUAGAUUUGCUAUAUGUUACUGAAGCCAUGGUUGGGGGCGGAAUUUUGGGCAGCGUCUCGCAACUCUAA